AUGCCUCCCAAACGCCGCAGUGCCGGCGCAACCGCCAAAUCAUCCGGCCAAUCGACCCUCGCAUUCCACGGAGCCUCCAACAAAGUCACUAAGCCCGGCGCGCGCGCAACCAACGCGAAGAAGAACCUGCUCACAGAGAGCGCGAAGAAAGAUGAGAAGCCCGAGGCCGUCGAUGUGAAGGUUAAGAUGGAGGAGGAAGCGCCCACAACCGCCGAGGCAGCGAUCAUCAAGCAAACAGAGCAGGCGCAGGAGCCAGCGCAAAGCACACCGGAGGAGGAGGAGGCGCGUCUGGUCAAGCCGAAGCAACUUCAAGCGUACUGGAAAAAUCAGAAUGCUGGGUCGGCGCCGAGGUACCACCAGGAUGAUCUGAGCUUGGAGGAGAAGAUAUUGAGGAAGUUUGACAUGACGGGACAGUUCGGGCCCUGUGUCGGUAUUGCUCGCCUCAAGCGCUGGAAACGAGCGCAGCGCUUGGGUCUUAACCCUCCGAUCGAGGUCCUCGCGGUGCUGUUGCAGGAGCAGGACAACAAGGACAAGAUUACGGUGCAGCGAUCAGUCAUAGAUGAGAUUUUGAACUCGCGCAGUGAAAUCGAG